AGACUAGAGAAUCCCUUUGAGGUUUGUUCCUCAUCCCACAAUAACGUGAUGAUGCCCUUUCUUUAUCGAUCUCUUUGAAUUAAUGGAGAUUGAUUAAUCAGGAGCAGUAGCAGGGAGAGAGAGAGGGAGACGUGAGCUGCCCACAUGGUGAACCCGUCUCCUGUCUCGUUAAAGCACCAGCACGCCUGGUCCUAAUGGCAGCAACUCCACCCAGAGAGAGAUAUAUAUGAUCUCCAUGCAUCUCUCAUCUCAUGGUGGUCUCGCCCACUAGCCCCAACCCCACAUGCUGCUGCGUCUUGUCGCUUUCUCUCUACCCAUUCAUAUUUCUUUUCUCUUCUUUUCUUUUGCGUUUCUCAAAAGAAAUGAACAACAAUUCCAUCCCGUUAAUUUGAACAGCCAGCCAGCCAGCGAUCUGUGAAUCGAUUAAGCAGGACAAAAAUUCAAAGCCGAACUCGUAAAGAAAAAGGAGCAGAGAGAGAUAAAGUGAAUUCAGGAAGAAGAAGAAGAAGUGGCAUGCAGUUGCAGGCCGCGGCAGAGCAUCAGUGCCAACGAUUCUUCUCCUCGCUCGCCUCGAUUCUCACGCUCGUCGCUCUUCCUGCGCCACCUCGGGAUUCCUCCCCCCUCUCUCUCUCUCUGCGCCUUCCACUACUUCUUAUACGCGCUGUUUCCUUCGCUUCCCACUGCUCCAUUCGUACAGCAGUAGAAGAGCAGAGGGGAGGAGGAGGAUGGAGUGGGAUGGAGGAGAGAGGUUGGGCGUGAGUUCUUCCGGGAAGAAGUGGCCACAGAUGAAGGACGCACUCCUUGUUGCUGCAGCGAACGCUAACAACAACAGCAGCAGCAAGAACAAAAACAACAACAACGGUACAACCGCUACCGCCACCGGCAGCGCUGGCACGCAUAAUAAUAAUAAGGUGAGCGAUUCGAUGAUGGAGAAAGGGCCGUCGCCGGCGACGGCAGGGAAGGUGGAGGCGCUGCGGUGUCCUCGGUGCGACUCCGCCAACACCAAGUUCUGUUACUACAACAACUACAGCCUCGCGCAGCCGCGCCACUUCUGCAAGGCCUGCAAGCGCUACUGGACCCGCGGUGGCACCCUCCGCAACGUCCCCGUCGGCGGCGGGUGCCGCAAGAAUAAGCGCACCUCCAAGAAACAGCACCCCUCCGCCGCCGCUGGCGUCGGGAAUCUCCCUCGCCCUCUUCUGCUUCCGCCGCCGGACCACCAUCCGUUAAUAUCUACUAAUUCGCUCCCCGCGGCCGCGCGCAGACCGGGCGCCGCCUCCGACUCCGCCGCUACGAUCUACGCCAACCACGCGCUGCAGAUGGCCUCGUUUCCGCUCCUCUUGGACGGCCUCGCCGACGCGUCCUACUCCGCCGCCGCCGAUUUGCUGCAGCAUCUCGGCCUCGGAGUCCCCUCCGCCAAUCAAGAUCUCGGCUUUCAUCCACUUCCGCCGGUGAAUUCCAUCCUCAACGACGACAAUCAACUAAUCGGAUCGUCUUUGCUUCCUUCUACAUCUUUCCUCGCGUCAAGCGUCAAGCAUCCAAUGAAGCAAUUAGAGGAUCAAUUCGAUCAAACUCUAUUCCCAUUCGACGGCAGCGCUGAUCAGUUGGAGGCCUCGGCGCUGAUGAACGGAGGCAUCGCCGGCAUGAUGAAGGAAGUCAAAUUGGAAUCGCAAAGCAACAAUGUGAUCGACAACAGCUUCUCCCAGAAUUGGCAGAAUACCAUUAUUCCCUCCGAUAUCAAUUCCUUUGAUAAUUUCAUUCCACCGCCGGCCGCCAUGUACUGGAACUCCACCACCGGCGGCGGCGGCAUCAGUUGGUCGGAUUUCAACACAAACUGCAGCUCAUCGAUCGCUCCUCUUAUCUAAUUCCUAGUUAGCAUCAUCCCUCAACUUAAAGUAAGAUAACUGGCUUCUUCAUCCUCUUUAGCGUUCUUAAAUUAAGAUCAAUUACGUAAGUAUAUAUGGAUCGGAGAGUUCCUGUCGGUCUGCAAGCAAAUUAAGGUCUCAUCAACAAGCCCCUUGUGUUUUUAAAUCAUCGCGGCACCAACCGGACUGAUUUAAUUUGCUCCGAGAGGAACAUCGGAUCCAUUUGGCAAUUAAUUGCAAUCAAAUUCCAAUCGCACUGGGAAUUGAUUAAAGAAGAGGAUCAGCUGCAGCUCUGGCACGUAUGUAUAUAAAUAGCAGGGAUUAUGGUCUACUGGUGUGGUUGGCUUUUAAAUUCUUCAUCAGUUCAUAUUACUAUCUAAUAUUUGAUCUGCUGAAGAUAUAUAUAUCUAUAUAUAUGGAUGCCAUUUAACAAUUGAUUCCUUUUUUUCACUUCCAUUUCUUUGAAGAGCUUGCAGAAAUUAAGGAGUUGGUAUAAUUUUCUUGGAGUUGGUGUGUUUACUUGUUUUGAUUAUAUUUUUCUUUCCUGGACUGUAUUAAUUGAUAUAUCAAUGUACUGAUCGAUCAAGAGUGGGCUUGUUUGCUUCCUUCUCAA